CCUGAAGGACUGCCUUAAAUCGGCAAAUGUAAUUCAUCUGAGUGAUCCUGAUUUCCAAGUCUUAGAAGAUGGCUCUGUGUACACAACUAAUUCUGUUGUCUUGUCCUCGGGCCAAAGAAGCUUUACUAUAUGGCUUUUCAACGCGGAGAGCCAAGAAGAAAGAGAGCUGUCUGUCCAUUUAGAAGUUCCAGCAGAAGUAAAUGAGAAGGUACUAAAUAAAAGACUGCACGCAGAGAAAGUUCUCAGCCGUACCAAGAGAAGAUGGGCGCCUAUCCCUUGUUCCAUGCUAGAGAACUCCUUGGGUCCUUUCCCACUUUUCCUCCAACAGAUCCAAUCUGAUACAGCUCAAAACUACACCAUAUACUAUUCCAUCAGAGGUCCAGGAGUUGAUAGAGAUCCUUUGAACUUAUUUUAUGUGGAAAGAGAUACUGGAAACCUGUAUUGCACUGGUCCUGUAGAUCGUGAGCAGUAUGAAUCCUUUCAGCUGACCGCCUUUGCAACAACUCCAGAUGGGUAUACGCCAGAGUACCCACUGACUCUCCUCAUUAAAAUAGAGGAUGAGAAUGAUAACCACCCAAUUUUUACAAAGACAGUAUACAGUUUCACAGUUUUGGAAAACAGUGCUGUUGGCUCUGUCGUGGGGGAGGUCUGUGCCACCGACAACGAUGAGCCAGGAACGUUGCACACUGAGCUGAGGUACUCCAUCCUGGAGCAGUCACCCUCCCCACCCACUCUGUUUACUAUGCAUCCCACCACUGGCGUGAUCACGACCACAUCGUCUCAGCUGGACAGAGAGCUAAUUGAGAAAUACCAGUUGAAAAUAAAAGUACAGGAUAUGCGUGGCCAGUAUUUUGGCUUGCAGACAACAGCAACCUGCAUCAUUACUGUCGGGGACGUGAAUGACAACAUGCCAACAUUCACUCGCUCUGUUUAUGUGACCUCAGUGGAGGAAAAUACAGUUGAUGUGGAAAUCUUACGUCUUACUGUUCAGGAUAAAGAUUUAGUUAACUCUCCUAAUUGGAAAGCUAAUUACAAUAUAUUAAAGGGCAAUGAAAAUGGAAAUUUUAAAAUUGUGACAGAUCCCAAAACCAAUGAAGGCAUUCUGUGUGUGGUUAAGUCUCUGGAUUAUGAAGUCCAGCAACAGGUGACUCUGCAAAUCGGUGUAGUUAAUGAAGCCCCGUACACUAGAGAGGCUAGUUCGAGAUCCCCCACAAGCACAGCCACAGUGACUGUCACCGUGAAAAAUCUGGAUAAGGGCCCCGAGUGUAUCCCUCCAGCACAAACCGUGCGGAUUCGAGAAAACGUACCAGCUGGUACUAGAAACGAUGGGUAUAAGGCGUAUGACCCCGAAACCAAAAGCAGCAGUGGCAUAAGGUACAGGAAGUUAAGUGACCCAAGAGGGUGGGUCAAUGUUAAUGAAGACUCAGGAUCAAUCACCAUUUCCCGAACCCUGGAUCGAGAGGCUGAGACCGUCAGAAAUGGAAUCUAUAAUAUUACAGUCCUUGCAUUAGAUGCAGAUGGGAAAAGCUGUACUGGAACUCUGGGAAUUAUUCUGGAAGAUGUGAAUGACAAUGGCCCAUUCAUACCCAAGCAGACGGUGGUGAUAUGUAAGCCCACCAUGUCCUCUGCUGAAAUUGUGGCAGUUGAUCCUGAUGAGCCAGUGAAUGGCCCGCCCUUUGAUUUUAGUUUGGAGAGCUCUGAUUCAGAAGUACGGCGGAUGUGGAGGCUGACGAGAAUCAAUGAUACAGCAGCUCGUCUGUCCUAUCAGAAUGACCCUUCAUUUGGAUCCUACAUAGUUCCUGUCCGAGUUACAGACAGGCUCGGUCUGUCCUCAGUCACUUCACUGAACGUCAUUGUUUGUGACUGCAUUACUGAAAGUGACUGCACAACCCGCUCAGGAGAAAGGGCCGGCUAUGCCGACGUGAGACUCGGACCCUGGGCUAUUCUGGCUAUACUGUUGGGCAUAGCCUUGCUGUUUUGUAUCCUGUUUACAUUAGUCUGCAGUGUUUCCCAGGCAACAAAACAGCAGAAAAUUCUUCCUGAUGACAUAGCGCAGCAGAACCUAAUCGUGUCAAACACCGAGGCUCCUGGCGAUGACAAAAUUUAUUCCGCAAAUGGCUUCACAACUCAAGCUGUGGGGGCUUCUGGGCAGGCCGCUUUUGGCCCCUCGGGAGCAGGAGUCAAAAGCGGAGGGCAAGAGACCAUUGAGAUGGUGAAAGGCGGCCACCAGACCCUGGAGUCCUGCCGGGGGGCUGGGUACCAUCACCACACCCUGGAUCCCUGCAGAGGAGGACUCGUGGAGGUGGACAGCUACAGACACACGUACUCGGAGUGGCACAACUUCACUCAGCCCCGACUUGGUGAAAAGGUGCAGUUGUGCCACGAGGAUGACAACCAACAGCUCGCUCAAGACUACGUCCUCACGUACAACUAUGAAGGCAGAGGUUCCGCUGCUGGCUCUGUGGGUUGCUGUAGUGACCAACAGGAAGAAGAUGGGCUUGAGUUUUUGGACCAUUUGGAGCCCAAAUUUAGGACAUUAGCAGAAGUAUGUGCAAAGAGGUGAAGAACUUUGAACAGGGUACCCAAACUAAUGGACCUAAUACCUUUUCAUCACUGCUUUUAAAUAUAAACCAGGAUUUAAAAAAAAGAUGUUAUAUUUGGGGCUUCCCCCGCAACCUGCCUUGGUCUGCAGAAUGUCCAUGGAAAUGCACAUUUACAGAGAAACUUUGUACAUUAGUACACGUGAACUUGAAAACUAUUUUGCAUGGGUUUUAAUUAAUUCUUUUUUACCCAGGUGUCAUCUAUAGAUAGAAACUUUAAGGGAAUUUGCAUUAUUGUUUACAUUGAGCAUAAUGACAUCAGCCAAUUUAUAGUGCAAUAAAAUUUAAUGGAUCUGAGUCUAUUUAUGGACUACUUCACCUAUAACCCAAUUGGAGACUGUAGAAACGGUUAUCUCCAAUCAAUGAAUUAAUUGAUGGUUCGUAUGGUGCUUGGAAACUGUUGUUUCUCCAAACAUUUUACACUGUAUAUACUGUGUCUUACAUUUGUGAUAUUCUUGUAACAUGGCCUGGCUUCAUAGUGCCAAGGUAGAUUGUCAAGCAGCCAUUGAGUGUGUGUGCAGUUCCAUUCCAGUGGGGGUUGCUUUUAGGUUCUAUCCUGGGUAAAAAUCCUACACGGAAUCUGCAUCUCCUUUGUACCGACUUUGUCAGUUAAAUUUAGAUUUCAAAACUUCUUUAAAUUGUAUUUUUUGUUACUCUUAAAAGUUUUUUUCUGUGAAAUCCCAAAUGGUCUAUACUCCCAUCCCCUCUCCACUUCUUUUUCUCUUUCUCUCCUAUCUGAUUUUGAAACUUGUACUUGGGUUGAAGAAUCCAAAAUAUUCUUAAAAGUUGUCUCUUCUCAUAAAAUAGUCUUUCUGUGGUAUGUAAGAUAUGCAUUGUCAGUUUUCUUCAGGUCAAUGUAAUAGCAACUUUGUUUUGAAAUUUUUGGUAAUUGCUUCAUUUCUGUCCUUAGUGAAGAACUUUCAAUUUUUCCAUGGAAACUUUAGGACUCUUUCAUGAUCUAUUAGAAGCAACAUUCUAUAUAACAGAAACAAUAAUGUGGUUAGAAGUAGGAUAUGGCUACCUAGUGUGGACUAGCAUAUUUACGAUCUCUGUCUUUAAUUCAAGGACACUGGAAGUGGGAAAUAGUGAUGUGUGUGAAGUAAGCGUCACAGCAUAAGAAUCUCAACUGAUCUCUGGGAUAACAACUUCAUACCUUUUUAGAUGAUAUAGCUGGUCACAAUUACAUGAUUGUAAAGUUAUUUUAAAAAAUAGUUUGUAAUUACAGUUUUUACCAAACAUAGAAAUAGGCCAAAUACUUUAAAAAAUUUUUGAGAAUUUAUACGUGAGUAAACUUCAUAGCCAACCAAAUUCUAGAUCAGAGGCCACACUUCCUACAGUCAGUGAGCUCAGUGCUUUACACGGGUAUUCUAGGUACAACUCGGAUGCAUGUGAUUGUUCACAGUGUGUCUGUCUUGAAUUCACCAGGCUGGCUCAUGACAAUUAUUUUUCAGAACAAACAUUUGGAAAAAUUGGGAAUACAACUGGGUUUGCUGUAGAGUCAUUAUUAUUCAGUCAAAAAUAUUUCUCAAUUAUUUUUAAUAAAUUAUGUACAAAAUG